AAGUAUUAAACAGCUUCUUCUUUGGCACGAGAGAGUUCUUGAUUAGCUUAAGCUCCUUCAUCUUCUUCUUCUCCAAUUCCUCCGAUCACCGGAAAAGUUAACAACCGUAGAGUCCACAGAGCAUCUUGAUCCGCCGCGCUCAGCUUAAGCUACCUUUAUCGUCAAACUAGCUUAAGCUUCUUGAAACUUUUAAGAGUGAUCGGAGAUUGUCUGAGCACGCAAGUAUCGAUCUUUCCAGAUCUGAGGGAAUUGUUUCAUAGAAGGUUUAAGCUAAGCCUUAGAAUUGUCUCUUUGAUCUAUCUUUAAAAACAGAGUGAUGACGUCAGGGACGAGAAUGCCGACGUGGAGGGAGAGAGAGAACAACAAGAGGAGAGAGAGAAGGCGGAGAGCGAUCGCGGCGAAGAUCUUUACUGGGUUGAGAAUGUACGGUAACUACGAGCUUCCCAAGCAUUGUGACAACAACGAAGUGCUUAAAGCACUCUGUAACGAGGCUGGUUGGAUCGUUGAACCAGAUGGUACUACUUAUCGCAAGGGAAGUAGUAGACCAGUAGAGCGUAUGGAGAUAGGUGGCAGUCCAUGCUCCUCCAACUUCAUGAGUCCAGCUUCUUCUUCUUUCGCUAAUCUCACACCUGGAGAUGGCCAAUCACUCAUCCCAUGGCUCAAACACCUCUCAACAACAUCAUCCUCCUCAGCUUCUUCUUCAUCAAGGCUCCCUAAUUACCUCUACAUCCCUGGAGGCUCCAUAAGCGCUCCUGUAACCCCACCUUUAAGCUCCCCAACAUCUCGUGGAAUGAACCAACAAAUCAACAACUCUUUCUUCGUCUCCUCAACACCUCCCAGUCCCACUAGGCAGCAGACCAUCCCUGACUGUGAAUGGUUCUCAGGGAUUCAACUCGCGCAAAGCGUUCCAGCUUCACCAACGUUUAGCCUUGUUUCACAAAACCCUUUUGGAUUCAAAGAAGCAGGAGGAGGAGGAGGUGGGUCAAGAAUGUGGACACCAGGUCAAAGCGGGACAUGUUCACCGGCUAUUCCUCAGACAGCUGAUGUUCCAAUGUCUGAAGCUGUGGUGGCUCCUCCAGAGUUCGCGUUUGGGAGUAGCGCAAACGGGUUGGUGAAGGCAUGGGAAGGAGAGAGGAUACAUGAGGUGAGUGGUUCUGAUGAUCUUGAGCUCACUCUUGGAAACUCAAGCACCAGGUAGUUGCAAGAGGCAGCUCUUGAAAAAAACCGUUUCAACCAAACAAUCCUCAAUGUCACUUCGAUUUUAUUUUAAUUUAUUUUUUCAAGUAAGGCUAAAAGUGAAACACCAGCUUUAUAUAUUCGUUUAUUUGUACCUCUUGACCCUUGUGAUUGUAAACGGGUCUCUGUUUGAACCAACAGAGAAUCAACAUUCAUAGAGCCUAAAAAUUUUUCUUAAUGUGAAGGGGAAGCUUUGUUUAUUUA